AUGCCGUUGUUCUUUUACUGCCCAUGUUCAAGUGCGCGGCGUGCGCGGCCUAGGUCGUUAUGGGGAACCAUCAUCAGCGUCGGCGGCAUCGAUGCUGGGGGUCUCACUAGAGAGGAACAACUCCAGCUUCUGCAGCUCCUCGUCGUCUCUCCCCUCCUCGACAACGCGGUUGAGCGCGCCGUCAUCGAAGGCAAUUCCGUACCUGCUACCCGUCAGCAUGCUGACUCGCAAACAUACCACAACAACAACAACAACCCCAACAACCUCGCCAUCUUUACCCUCCUCCUCAGCUCACCACCCGCCUUCAGCUCCGGCACCCCGGCCACCAACGCCUCCCAGAACAUGGCCCCACGCAUGUCUGCGGGCACCUCAAAUCACUUCUAA